AUGCAUCUUACAUUUCAACAGCAACAAUGUUUCAUGUUAUCGGAUAGUAUCAAUAUGUCAUUGCGCAAUAUUAAUAAAAAACGUUUCGAAUUUCUUAUUGAGCUUUUGUUAAACAUGCCACAAACAGAAAAUGCAAAGCAAGAGAUGUUAGAAGAAUGUCGUUUGUACUAUAAAGAAAAUAGAAAUGGACUAGAGUUGAUAGAUGAAUUUGACCAAAAAUACACUUCAGAUAAAGCAAUAUGGUGGUACACAAGAAGCAGUUUUUUAUAUCGUUUAUUAAAUGAAGUUUGUCGAACAGAAAAUUUUGACCGAAUGUACGCUUUUCGAUAUUUUCUCGUUGAUAUGCAUCGACAAAUGCUAAAAUUUCAUGCAGCUUCAAGCCUAGAAAAAAAAGUUCUGACCGUUUAUCGUGGUCAGUUAAUGGCAGUGGAAGAGAUAGACGAACUCAAAAGAAAUAUUAAUCAAGAAUUCUCAACUAAUACGUACUGGUCUACAAGUAUCGACCCUGCCGUAGCUUUUUCAUACAUUGACAGUGAUGGUUUUAAUGAGCUCGAAUCCGUGAUUUUUCAAAUCACGAUUGAUACAAGUCUGGAGACAAAACCAUACGUCUUUGUUGGCCCAUUAAGUGACUUUAAACAUGAAGAGGAGAUUAUUUUCUCGAUAAGCACCGUAUUUCGCGUAAAUUCAGUCGGACAGAAUGACGAUCACUCCUGGGUUAUAACUCUGACUUUGUGUUCGAUGGUCCAAAAUGUGCUUAAUAUUAGCGAGCAGUACCCCAUUCUUGAGCUAAUUGGAAAUGUGAUGCUGUACAACAUGAACGAUUACGAAAGAGCUGAACGAUAUUACAGAUUAGCUAUUGAGGAUGCUGAACUUGAUGGAGUGCGAUUAAUUACGAUAUAUAAGAAGCUGGGAAAGGUUUGCGCACUAAAAGGUGAAUAUUCAGCCGCGCUGGAAAAUUAUGAAACAGCUGAGAGAAUAUGUUUGAAUAGCUUUGAGUACGACCCACUACUUCAUGCCGAAAUACUGGAAGAGAUUGCAAGCGUCUAUAUGACUACGUCGGAGUACAAAACAGCCAUUUACACGUGCCGUACAUUGUGCGAGAUCACAAGGAAUUACAAUCCUAUCUCACUAUAUAUUACUUAUGACCGUCUAGGAGAAGUUUAUGAGAAAGAAGGGAAAUUUGAUCAAGCACUAAGUUGUUAUAAGGAGGCUAAAACUGUGGGAAAGAUAAAUUACAAUCGUCUGUUAAAAAAGUUAGGACGACAUGAUGAUACAGCGGCACGAAUAAUGUUGCUAUUUUCGAUUGUUAUAGUACUAGUCCCAACAUUCAAAAGUAUGUUGCCAAAACUGACUGAGUGUCAAGAACAAGUUCUUACUAUUGGCUGGAUCAUAACAGUAGAACAUGCUCUUAUAGGUAUGUUAGUAUUAUGCGCCAUCUCGUUAUAUAAGCGAAGUUGCAACCUUCAUGUAUUUGAACUCUCUUUCUCGCCGCCUGUAAUUUCGCCUUACGUCAAAUAUCGGCUCAUAUUACUGCCGUUAGGGAUAAUUUUGAAUACAGUUAUAUUUCUUUAUCGAAAAUCAUAUCAUAUAUACCAAGCUCGUAUCCGUAUUUAUCCGUAUGUUAUAAUAUUAUUCGUUACUGUGUUGUUAUGGUACAAGAUUUUCUUGAAAAUUCCCCGAUGCACACCAUAUAUUCAUGACUUAGCUUAUGAUUACAUAAUGGUUAUAAUCAAGUAUAAAAUUCGUGAAAGUGCAGGAUUCUUAUCAAUUAUUUAUCCAUUCAAAUAUUUUUUAUGUGAAAUUAUAACUAUUCCAAAAAUUGUAGAUGGCUGGAACAGACUUGACAUGAGAUUAAAGAUGUCUGUCUUCUAUAUCUUGAUAUUCAUCGUCGUCUCACCCGCCAUUUUCUGUUAUUAUACAUUUUCUUGGUUAUUUGUUGAUUUGUUUAUUUUAAUAUAUCUGGCUUUGAGCUUCAAAAUUUUAGCUACGCUUCUAGUUCUUCGUCUACUCAACUGGUUUCUUUAUAAAUCAUUAAUUAUUCCUGAUCUAGUUAUUUUAUACGUGUUCAGACGUCGUCAAAGAGUAUUUUUAUUUAUGCGCGAAAAUACAUUGAUUCGUGUCAUGUUGUUUUGCGUUUAUUUCAUUAGCGUUGUCCUAAUGUCAAUUGGAAUGGGGUGUCCAAUUUACUACGUUGGUUUGCUACUACUGACACUAUUAAAUUUGCUAUUAAACUAUUUGGAACCUAAAUCUGGUCCUUUCUAGAUACUUCUAAGCUUAGGUUAACUUGUAUUCUUUUCCUUACUAAGAAAAGUUGUAGAUUAGUUCGUUUUUUUAAAAGUUAUUCUAAAACGAGAAGGGGUCAGGUCGAAUACAAGGGAACAUAGUAUGAUAGUAUGUGAAGGGGAGGGCACUCAUUCAGUUGAGAUAUCACACGUGAAAGCGUCAAUCACGGAGUUAGCGCGAAACGGAAGUUUUUGGUAGCACAAUGCAGUUGUGAAGAUUAUUUAAAACCAGUGAUGUCAGUUAUAAACUGACAAACUGCUUCAUAUAUUUUGAAAUAGUUAGUUUUGUUAAAGCAUGAUUUUAAUAGUAUAGCAUUUUUAUAAAAUGGAAUAUUUAGUAUUUUAAAUUGAUUAAUUGGAAUCUUUCUAUGAGAAGGAUAAUUUGAGCAAUCAAACAGGAAAUUAUUACACUCUUCCUUAAAAGACACAAGUGGAGACAGUAGGGAGAUAUAACACAUUUUUUUUGGAAGAGAUAAAAGUUUAACUGUAAAAAAUCUACUCUUAAACGGCAAAAGAGGGCUUCUGUGCGUCGACUAGUUGUCGAUAGUACUUCUAAAUAGUUGCCUGUUAAACUGAUUCUUAGCUCUUUUCCGAAUAUAAAACUUUUUUUUUAAACAUAACGCCGGUGAUUUUGUUGUAAGUUUCUUUCAUUUUCGAAUCAUAGUUGGAUAAAAAGAAUCUUGAAAAGUGGCACUUUUAUCGCUGGAGGCGUACAUAUCGAUACGUCUAUAUCUACGCGAACGACAUUAUUGUCUAUUGGAAAAGAUGAAUAAAUCAGCCUGACUUUCUAUUUUGUACAUCAUGUUUUAAAACCUAUGUGAACAAAACCAGGCUGGUUUAUUCUUCUUCUACAAUAAACAAGUCUUCGCAGUAAUGUCGUGUCACGUACAUAUCAUUUCUGGUGUUACUGCGAAGACAAUGUUGAGCAUUAUGCUGUAAAAAACGGAUAUGAUCCUGCGCAUGCACGCGAACUGAUUAACCGACGUUUGAGCGCCCGACAUUUGAGCGCCGACAUUUGAGCGCCGACACUUGAGCGCCGACGUUAUGUUUAAAAAAAAAGUUUUAUAUUCGGAAAAGAGCUAAGAAUCAGUUUAACAGGCAACUAUUUAGAAGUACUAU